AUGGAGAAAUCACUCUUACCUCAAGUCCAGCCCCCAACUUAUGGUAACCUGGUAACCAUUCUUAGUAUUGAUGGAGGUGGUAUCAGGGGCAUCAUCCCUGCAACUAUCCUUGCUUGCCUGGAAUCACACCUUCAGGAGCUGGAUGGUGAUGAUGCAAGGAUUGCAGACUACUUCGACGUGAUUGCUGGAACAAGCACAGGUGGUCUUGUGGCUGCUAUGCUAACUGCUCCGGAUGAUCAGAAGCGUCCUCUAUUUGCAGCCAAAGACAUCAGGCCUUUUUAUCUGGAGCAUGGCCCUAAAAUCUUUCCACAGAUAAGGGGUAUUUUUGGCUGGAUCAUGAGCAUACUGAGAUCAAUAGUUGGGCCCAAGUACGAUGGGAAGUACCUCAAAAGCCUCAUAAAGGAGAAACUAGGAGGGACCUGGUUGCAUGAGACCUUGACCAGUGUGGUUAUUCCAACUUUUGAUAUCAAGAGUUUGCAGCCAACCAUUUUCUCCACCUAUGAGGUGAAGAGAUCCCCAAGUUUGGAUGCUCCACUGGCUGACAUAUGCAUUGGCAGCUCUGCAGCACCAACAUACUUUCCUGCCUAUUACUUUAAAAACCAAGAUAAAGAAGGAAAAACACAGGAAUUCGAUCUUAUUGAUGGUGGUGUUGCCGCAAAUAAUCCGGCUUUAGUUGCCAUAACCCAAGUAACAAAACAGGUUUUCGACAGAAACCCAGAUUUCUUCCCAAUUAAGUACAUGGACUUUGGCCGCUUUCUAGUGAUCUCAAUAGGCACUGGCUCUCCAAAGUCGGAACAGAAAUACAAUGCCAAAAUGGCAGCCAAAUGGGGCGUUUUGGGUUGGCUACUUCAUGGUGGUUCCACUCCUUUGGUGGAUGUGUUUAUGCAAGCAAGUGCAGAUAUGGUUGAUUUCCAUAUUUCCAUGGUUUUCCAAGCCCUUCAUUCUGAAGAUAACUACCUCCGAAUCCAAGAUGACACACUACGUGGAAAAGAUGCUUCAGUUGAUGUCACAACCGAGGAAAACUUGGACAACCUUGUGAAAAUCGGAGAAAGGCUGCUGAAGAAACCAGUUUCAAGGGUGAACUUGGAGACAGGUCUCUCUGAGCCAGUUGAAAAUGGUGGCACUAAUGAAGAGGCUCUUAAAAGGUUUGCAAAGCUACUCUCUGAUGAGAAGAGACUCCGAGAGACAAGAUCACCAAAUCCCAUGAAAAACUUGAAGUAG